AUGGGCGGUAAACCUAAGAAGUCAGCUUACCGUUCCAUGGUGUUGGAAACUCUGUCCGGGAGACUGGAACUGCAUAAUACAGCUACCAAAAGUGAUCAGCUGAAAUUCUACGUCGACCCAUUAGAGAUGAGUUGUCGCGUUUCUGCUUAUCAGUUUGUUCAGCAAUGUAUCGAAGUAUCGAUGGUUCAGAACCGCUACAAUCAAACAAGUGGUCACAAAGGUGACCUGUUGGCCAACCCUUCACCUGACUGCAACGCCGUCCUCAUUGAUUUCCGUGCCAACCUCCCUCCGUCUACUGCGAUGCGAUAA